AUGUACGAGGAGGUGGCCGGCUGGUACGCCGCCGGUAUGGACGACGAGAUGGCCAAGCCAAUGUACGCCGAGGGCCUUCCGGACUUUUUGACUCGGGUUCUUGCCACCACAAGCACGGAGGCCGCUGAGGACGCGCCCAUUGUCGAUGUCGGAUGCGGAUCCGCCGAUGCGCUGGCAGUCCUUGCUCGCCUCGACCGCGUUCCGCCGCUGGUCGGCCUGGAGCCGUCGGCGGCGAUGCGCGCGGCUGCUGCCGCCAAGAUCGAGGCGCUGCCUCCAGCUGCGGCUAGUCGCAUCACUAUUCGCGAUGGAAGCACGGCAACGGAGCUUGAGAGCGGCAGCUGCCGGGGCAUCAUCUGCUUCUUUGUCGUCCACCACGUGGCGGCGACCGAUCUGCCCGCGCUCUUUGCGGCGUGGAGUAAGGCGCUCGUCGCCGGCGGCCAGAUCUAUCUUGCGGCCUGGGAGGGUGAGGGCGUUGUCGAUUAUGGCGGCAAGUACGACAUUGACGCCGUCCUCCACCCGCUCUCGGCCCUCACAGCCGGCCUUGGCGCUGCCGGCCUCGUCGUCGACACCGAUGCGACCCACACCGAGACCGAUCCUGACUUUGGCAUGUCCAUCGCCAUCAUCAAGGCCCACAAGCCGGGCCUCUGA